GAUUUGAUUUCAUUGCCCCUUCUGCAGUAAACGGUAGAAUAGAAGGUUUCAAAACUCAGGCAGUUGUAUUCAACCUCCAUCAUCAGCGUCAUCCUCAUCAUCAUCAGCCCCAAAGCUAGAGAGAGUGAGAGAUGGCAAGUGUAGCUGCGCUAAGAGCCUUGAGGAAACGAAUCAGUCCUUCCUUCACGUCACGAAUUAUCGCUUUCACCUCCAAUUCUCGAUCCAUUAGCACACUGGUGUUAGCUGAACACGAAGGUGGUGCUAUCAAGCCCCAAUCAGUGAGCGCGGUAAAGGCUGCAAAAUCUUUAAGCAACGACAAUCCUAUUUCAUUGCUAUUGGCAGGCUCCGGCUCUGCCCUUCACGAAGCCGCAGCAAAUGCCGCUUCAUGUGACCCUUCAGUUUCUGAGGUUCUUGUCGCUGAUUCUGAUGAAUUUAGUCAUCCUCUAGCAGAGCCUUGGAAGGGCGGGUACUCACAUGUAAUCACUGCUUCAGGUUCGUUUGGCAAGAACAUACUGCCAAGGGCAGCUGCCCUUUUAGAUGUUUCUCCGAUCACGGAUGUGAUUGAAAUUUCAGACCCUCAUCUAUUCGUCAGGCCAAUAUAUGCUGGUAAUGCACUUUGUACUGUUCGAUACACCGGUGCUGGACCUUGCUUGUUGACAGUUAGAUCAACAUCCUUUCCAGUGCCCUCCAUCUUAGCCAAUUCAAAAUCAAAUGAAGCUCCUAUCACCCAGGUUGAUCUCUCCACCUUUGGUGAAGAUUCUGUUGGUAAAUCUCGAUAUGUAAAACACACAUCACAGGAUACAGAACGCCCUGAUCUUGGGAAUGCUCGUGUUGUGGUUACUGGGGGCCGUGCAUUGAAAAGUGCUGAAAACUUCAAAAUGAUAGAAAAACUUGCUGAGAAACUUGCUGCAGCUGUUGGAGCUACCCGUGCUGCUGUUGAUGCAGGAUAUGUUCCUAAUGACCUUCAGGUUGGCCAAACUGGAAAGAUAGUUGCCCCAGAGUUGUACAUGGCUUUUGGUGUUUCUGGAGCCAUUCAACACUUAGCAGGCAUGAGAGAUUCCAAGGUCAUUGUUGCUGUGAACAAAGAUGCAGAGGCCCCCAUAUUCCAGGUUGCUGACUAUGGACUUGUAGGCGAUAUCUUUGAAGUGAUACCAGAGUUGCUAGAGAAGCUUCCUGAGACAAAAUAAGCUCAUAACCUGAACAGUUUACGCAUCCAAAAAUGUGCUGCUAGAUAGUUGAACAUCUUUGUACAUCAGAAAUUCCAUAUUUAAUAAUAGUAACAAUAUCAGAACCUGGUACUGGAAUUUUAAUAAUACCAUCAUAAUUCUUCUGGUGAAUAUGCCUUCCCUCAAAUAAAAUCGUGAAGGAAUUGUGUUAUAUCGAA